CGAAAUGUUUUUAACUCAUCGGUUACACGCUUGUCAUUUUUAUAUACGAUCACAACUACAAAAACAGAAAUUCUGGGAAAGAGAAUAAAGUAAAAAAAAAAGAAAGGUUAUGAUCGCAACUACAAAGACACAAUAAGAGACUGAAUGACAACAAACAAAUGUGAUAUCGUCAAAACGGGAUUUUACAAACAAACUGUCAAUUUGAAAUAAUUUUUAAUAUAACAAACUUUUGUGAAUUGCAUUGUGAAUGAUAAUAAAUAAGUUGGCUGUAUACUCAAUAUGUCAUGGCUGUUAUCAAAUUAAUUUUGUGCCAUUGGACUUGUAAAUAAAAUCAGAAAAAAUAUCCUCCACUUACACUUCACUUUCAAAAAAUGGAUAAAGAUUCUGAUAGCACAGUUACAUCCUUAGACGAAAAUACUGAAAACUUUUGCACGAAUCAAACGCGUGAUAUAUUAGCUGAAGGCAUUUUAAAUUUGUUCAAGCCCAGCGUUGAGAGAUUGGACGAGAGGAUACAUGCCACCAAAGCAGCACAGGCCGAGCUAAAAGUGGAGUUGGAUGCGCUAUUUGCGCAAUUAAGGGAAAUUGAAAAAGCACAACAUAAUAUACCAGAGUUCUCGGACAAGGUGAAAGAGCUCAUUAACGUUAAACAUAAGGUAACUGUCAUAACUAAUAUUCUGACCAAUAGCCAGGAACGUUUAGCAGGUUUACAUAAAUUAAUAGAAAAAGAACAGCGUCGAAGGCAGGCAUUACUAGACUCGGCAUUGAGUACAAAUAUUUCCUAGAAUUGUAAUCAAUAUUAUAAUAUUUUAUUAAAUAAAAGUUAAUAUGGAGA